GCUAGCACCCGCGCUCUCGUCCUGGUUCUAUCGCCGUGACGUCAUUGACCAGGUCCGUUAAAUAAGGGGAAGCAACCCCCGGCCCCUUCGACUGCCCGUAGUAUUUCCCGCUCUCUCCCUAUCGCCGCGCACGAGGCUUUAUCGGUGAUAUUGUCUUCAUAAGCUGUAGCCAGAAUGACGUCCCCACUGACGGCGCUAGCACUGACCCUGAUGGUGUCCCUGGUCAUGGUGGAAGGGCUGGGCUCCUGGAAGAGGCGGCCUUGGUACCCGGAUGACGUGCAGCAGAUGUUGCCGCAGUACUAUUGGAGCACCUCACACCGACGUGCCUACUAUCCAUGCGCCCAGACCGGCUUGGGGUGCAAUGACGACAAGAAGUGUUGCAGCAAGCACGAGACAUGCCUCACAGAGCUCAAGUACAACAGGCGCUCGAACAGCUGUCAGGACCUCCGCCCGGAGAGGACAGGCUAUAAGACACUGGGUAUGUAUUCCAGAACAUAUGUCCUCCGCAGCAUUGAGGACCUAUCAGUGGCGCCCUCCAACCACCCACAAGCUUCUAUGUGGCAGUAUCCGAUAUUGGCCAUUCCUCUACAGAAGCACAAUGUAUCUAAAUGA